CAUCAUCAGCUGUUUGUGUCGACUGGUCCAAGUCAGAUCUCAGACAGAGUCGACUUUAUGACGGAGUCAUAAACCAGGAUAUAUAAAGCAUAAGGCGCAAGGAGGUGAUCUUAGUGGGGGAGCGACUGUGAAGGAUGAAGCUGUCCGUGUUGCUGCUGUCGGCCCUGCUGGCUCUGUCCUCGGCCAGUCUGCAGGACAUCGUGCAGAAGAGCUCACAGCUCAGGAGAGCGUCCUUACUGAACCCUGAGCUGGAAGGCCUGGAGCCUGAGCCCACCGGUAACAAUGUGGCGUCGGCUCCUCUCACCCCCGCCGACCUGGAGCAGCAGCAGGACCUGCCUUCCUCCUUCAUGUUCGCCGAUAACGUUAACCUGGAGUGGCUGACCUGGGGCGGCUCGGUGCCCAACGGCGCCGUUGCCAUCUACAACGGCUACACCGAACGCACCGACUACGUCUGCAAAUACAAGUGCGAGGCCGGCUUUUACAACCCCAGCCUGGGCCCAUACUGUCGCUACCCCUAUGGAGACCAUGAGUACUACGCCCCUGAGUUCCAGAUCCUGGCCAACAAAGACAACUUUGAGUUCCUGGAGUGGAAGGAAGGUUCCUACGGCUCAGUGCCCCUGCAUUCCGUCAGAACCUGCCCAGGUGUUGGCAUCUACGUUGGGAAGAACAAGUACGGUCUCGGCAAGGUCGUUCCUCAGUUUGAGGCCUUCUUCCUGCCGUGGGAAGGCGACGAGUACUGGUACAAGAAGUACCAGGUCCUGACCAUCAACAGGGACGCCUACACCCAGGACAUCAGCAAUGUCAAGUACGCCAUUGAUGAGGUCGCCAUCUUCCAGUAUCCUCCUGAGACCAUGCGUAUCUCCGGGGUCACCAACAACGAGUGCCAGGCGGUGGUGAAGACAGUCACCAUCUCUAAGACAACCGAGGUGGAGACCACGUGGAACAUCGGUCGAUCCACCAUGCUCGGCAUCACAGGCAGCAUCACCGCUAAAAUCCCCUUCAUUGGCUCCGGCGGCAUCGAGCUGGGCGGCGAGAAGACGCUGCAGUUCUCCAGGGGAACCACCAUAGUGGAGUCGCUCAGCCACUCUGUGUCCGUGGAGCUCACCGUCCCGCCGAACCACUCCUGCAGAGUCCGCAUGGAGGGACGCAAGAUCAAAGCCGACAUCCCCUACACGGCUCGACUCAGCCGCACCUACCGCGACGGAGAGACCCAGUGGACGUCCAUCUCCGGGACGUACGACGGAGUCCAGAUCGGAGAGGUGCGGGCCGUGGUGGACCGCUGCGAACCUGUGGCCGACGCCAAACCGUGUCCGUGACAGACUGACGGCGACACCUAGAGAAUACUUCUCAAGCAUCUGAUGUUUGUUAUGUUGAAAAUUUAAAAGUGUCUCAAUAAAUAAAAAGACGUGUACAUGUUUUUAAAUCCUCUUCCAUUGUCUUUACAAUCUCUGCACCAGCACAUGGAACUGAUGAAAAAUGACCUGUCAUGACUUAACACACAUACAACAUACAACAUGUAGACAGUGGAUCUGUUUUUGACUUUACUUGAGCAUUUCUAACUUGGAAGAGUUUAACUUCCCUACAUUUCAGAAUAAAGUAUUGUGUUGUUUGUCCACUGCA